AUGUAAAAGUCCAAGUUAAAGCCAUAGUUUGCAGUCCUGAGUGUGAUUAAGAAAUUUUGUGAAGUUCAUAAUUACGAGAGUGAAGCAAUAAGAAUUAAAAAACCAAUCAUCAAUAAUAAAAUAAAUGACAAUUUGGACUAAUAAUCAGUUCAGGUUUUAUAGUUAUCAGACGAACUAUUUGAUAAAGUUUUAGCAGCCUCCUAUUACUUGAGUUUUGAUCUCUUGAGACAGGCAUGCUUAUGCAUUUUAGCAUGUUAAAUUUACAUUGAUGACAAUGAAAAUGACAUUGAAAGAGCACGAAAACAGUAUGGCUUAAGUGAGAUAACACCAGAAUAAGAGAAUGAAGCUAUUACAAAGAAUAGACCUGUAUUUGAAUAAUUAUAGAAACAAUUUUUUGAAAUGCUCAAAUAGUUUGAAGAUGAACAAGAAGAAAAAUUAAAAUUAUAGCAAUAAUUAUAAUGA